CAGAGAGCGAUUAUUACUUUUAAAUUGUCUGUGUAAGAUUAAAUUUACGAGUAAAGUUUUAAUUAAUCUACAAGAAGGAUUAAAAUUUAGUUCUUUAUUGAUUUACUAUUUAGUACCAUUCAACCUGUCUAAUUAAGGUGUGGACCAUUGGAAAUUCCAACUUUCGAUUUCGUAUUGUACAAUUUUCGAUUUAAGAAUGUCGGGAAUACCAGAUUACGCUCACAAUUUAUCACUUAAAAUGUCUCAAGUGAUGGAUGGGAUUGGUGUUAACGAGAAGAUUGUGAUGAAAAGAAGAAGAUUGAGGCUACUGAAUGAAUCAAUAAUUACGUUAUCUCAUCAGCUACGCGGUGAAGAUGCUAAUAUAUUCAUCUUCGGUAGUAAAAUAGAAGGUACAACAACUCUAGGAUUACACUCUGACACAGAUUGUCUUACAUCUGUGAACAAAUUUAAUGUGAUACAAGACUGGAGUGAAUGGGAAAAUGGUAAACGUAAUUUUUUGAUGAUACAAGAUGAGUAUGUCUCACCAGGGUAUUGUUUGUUGCAAGAGUUAAGAGAUGAUGCUCCACUUCCGCUCGUAGUUGAAAGUCAUGGUAAUUCAUAUAGAGACAGAAUGGGGAGAAUAUUGUUAAAAAAUACAUUCUUUAAUGUUGUCGCUAAUGUUAAUUCAGUAAGACACGGGCCUGCUCAUACUAAUCAAGGUGUUUCUGGAGUCACAGGUCUUGAUUUUGUUCCUGCCUUUCCUUGUCACGUAAGACCAGUUCAAGCACGGCAUUGGUUAAAUCAACAUAGAGAAGAGCUUUGGCCUACAAGUGAUAUGAUACAGUACUGUAAUAACACGCGAUGUUUUGUUGUUGGCGUUGGAAGAAAAGGAAGUGUAAAUGAAGCAGUUGAAUGGAGAAUAUCAACAUCAUUUGCAGAGAGAUUUUUAAUGUUUAACCUCAGUAUUACACAAAUCAGAUGUUAUGUUUUGAUGAAAAUGAUUUUGAAAACAUUUAUAACUCCAAGAUUUCCCGACAGCAUUUCAAGUUUCAUGUGUAAAACCGUUUUGAUACAUUGUAUUUUAUAUACAAGAUCUGACGCAUGGAAGGAAAAUACCCUCUUUAUUUGUCUAUCUUUUUGUUUAUCAACACUUUACAACUGUGUUCAUAAUGAAUAUUGUCCUCAUUUCUUCAUCACACAAAAUAAUUUGAUGAGCGGGAAGUUUUCUCCGGAAUCGAAGCCGUUAAUACUUAAAACUCUCCGUUAUGUAAUCGAAAGUAAUGGAAAGGCAUUGCUCGUAAUUGAAUGCGACAACAUUGAUAAAUAUCUACAGUCAAGUUUAAAUGAUUUUAUACCAAUGCAUCCACAUUUUAUACCAACACUCAUUGCUGGGCAAUUACUUAAAUGUGAUGCCCGUGGUAUAAGCACAAACUUCAAUUUUCUGUUAAGUAAAAUGAAUGAUUUAUCACCAAGACUGGCGAUGCAAAAAAAUUUAACAUUUAUGUCAUAUCAUCAUAUUGAGAAUUACACAAACAUAGAUAAAAAAGCUUACCUUUUGAUAGCACGAUAUUUAUGUAGUACACUUGGAUCUAUUCUAGCAUCUUCAAACAUAUACCAACAAGACCAUUUAACAUACAAAAAGGCUCUUUCAUUCAUGUUAUUAGGACUUGACUCCGAUGUAGCAUCUGGUAAACUGAAACUAGCAUCUGUUUUCUAUUGUACCGGAGAUAUUUGGAGGACUGAAAUUAUCCUGAAAAAUAUUGAGGAGUGUUAUGAUCUAAGUGUUGUUGAACCAGUGUGUGGGUGUUACCAUUUCAAAAACGGUGCAAAAAGAGAAAGAUUCAACAAAUUAUGUUACGAAUCAAACGAAGAAUGCACGUUGCUUAGAUAUAUAACAGCAUCAUGUGUCUGUUUUAUACGAUGUGAAAUAAACUGUUGUCCAUUAGAACUUCAACAUGAAAUGUUUAGAUCAACACAGGAAGACUUCGCUUACAGAAAUAAAGAUGAUGAAUGGAUGAACAUGGCUGUUGUAGAUUCUCUCCCUUACCUCUAUUUCUUGCAGUACAAGACAUAUUCCCGGCUAGGAAGACAAGAUGAUAAACAGACUGCUCUCUCUAACAUUGCUAGAACCAUUGAUGUUGAACCAAAUCUCGGACAUAGGGAAACAGCACUUAAUCUUCUAGGACAGUGUAUGGAACAAGAGAAUAAUCUAGAAAGUGCUUUUAAAUGUUAUGCGCGUUCCCUUCAAAUAAGAGGACGAAAUAAUUCGGCAAAAAUCCAUAUUUGUAAGCUGUUAAACAAAUUGAUCAAUAGGAAAUAUAACAAUUAACAGACAAACAAUAAUCCUUUAAACAGAUACUGAGGACAUAUGACAAAAGCACUGAACAUUCAUGAACAGUGUAUACUAUACAUUGUCAUUAUAAUAAAGUCACAAUGUUUGUCCAGAAACUAUCUAGUAUGAGUCACUUAUUCUAUAGUUUUGAGCACGAUCAGUUUAAAUAGAAAUAAGCUCAGUGUUUAAUCAUCGCACUUCCAGAGUGCUUUAUUAAUGGUGGGAUAUUUCGCCAAUUCACUGUCAAUUCAAACACAAUGUAAUUUAAAGUAUGUUAUCGGUGUAACAUUUUUAUCUGUGUGAAAGUAUAAUCUUACAUAAUACGUGUCCAUUUAGAUGAAAAACAAAACAUUGUUGCAUUUUGAAUAACAAUAGAUGAAGACAUACACUUUAUCAAAAAACGCACUGGCAUUGUAACGAAUUUCUUACAAAGAAGAAAGCAAUAUUUAACACAUAAUAGAUGAUUACUAAUAUUCUGACCAACGAAAGAUUUGGGACAAAAAAAUGAAAUAAUUUGCUUAAAGAAGUGUCAGGCCCAGGGGAACGUGAAAUUCAAAUAAUGAAUGUUAGGUACCAAUGAUUAUCAGUAUUUGUAUUUGUGCCAGAUGUUGAGUAUGAAAUCCUAUAAAAUUGCUAGUAUACUUUUGUAUUGUCUGUGUUUUACGAACAGUUCAAUCUAAUUUUUUCAGUAAUGACAUUGUUCAGCCAGUAUGUUGACAAUAUUUUUACUUUUUCUUAUAAUAUAAUUUUACAUGUACAUACUUUUUUCAAUUUAUUUUAUGUUUGAUAGUACAUGUAUAUCAGCACUUAAAUUAUCAUGUAUUUUAAAUGUAAGAAACACAACUUGUACUGUUGUAUAAUGUUUCCAUGUACUCCAGAGUUAUCUAUUUAAUUAAGUAUUUUGUACGAACAUUCUUUAGAUUUUCACAAUUUUUUUCCAUGCAUUACUUGUGGAUGAAGGUGACCACUUUACAGUGUUGAUAUUUCAGAUACAUCAUAAAACUGAAAGUUACUUUUGCUCCAGUCAAAAGAGAUCCGUUUUAUUCAUUUAAUAUUGUGUAUGUAUAUUUUCUCUGGUUCUCUAAUAAAUAUAAUACUUAAACUGUUGAAUUUGUGUUUGUU